AUGCAGGCCGCCAAUCAAGCAUGGCAGAGGCUGCGGAAAAUUCUGUGCUCCCGUACUCAGCUGGAUGUUCGUAAACGCAUUGCCAUUUGGAGGGCGACCGUUGUUCCUACCAUGACAUAUGGCUUGGCUGCCACUGCCCCCAGCUUGCGUGAUCUUCAGAGAAUCCAGCAUCAAUUCACAAAGCAACUUCGGGCCAUCACCCACCUGUAUGCUCAUCUCAGCAAGGUCUCCACCUCCGAUUUGCACCGACGUUAUGCUGUUCCCACGGUGCUUGACAUCCUUCACAAAGAGGCACAUUCCCUUCACCACCAGCUCCAUACCAAUCUGCAUUUUGGCAAUACUGUCACAGAUCAACAUGUUCAAGAUGCUCGUGCAACAGCUGCUCAACUGCAGGCUUGGCAGAUAGAUCAAUGGCACGCCCGGAACUCUGGCGACGACGUCGUUUUCGAUCGCAGCCUGCAUAGUCUGAACGGCAAGUGUCCACUUCUCACAGCUGCCGAUCAAGCUUCAGCCCUGCCCUUAGAUCCGGUACUGACUAAUUACUCAGCCAGCCACGACCGCUACAACAAUGUCGCUGGGUGGACCUGGCGGGUGAUCCUGCUGUUCAGCAGUAUCUCCGGCAUCGCUGCCCUGUCUGUUAUCAGUGGAGUGCAGAUGCAGUUGGAGUUGACUCCACGUUGCGUCUUGACCGAAGGCUCACAGGGGGCCGAGGCGGGGGCAUUCUUCAUUCGAGGCACGGGGUGCUUCUCGAGACAUCUUCUCUACAUCAGUCAGGCUGCCAGUGUGGAAGCUUUGGAAGCUUUCACACUGGUAGCGGAGCCUACAGCUCCGUUGCUGGUGGCCGGCGACGCAAGAGAAGGCCCGACAGGCCCUUCGGAGCCGACAGAGGCUUCGGUACCGCAGACGCAGUUCCCUUGGCAAGCUAUACCUCGCUUCACUCCAGGAUCCACCGACGUUUCGGAAUACUCCCAGAAGGUCAAGUUUCUCGCGGCCAUAUGGCCUCGGGAACACUUGUCCUUGCUGGGACCACGCAUGGCAUUGCUGUGCGAAGGGACAGCUUUCAAGAAGAUCCCCCAGUUGCCACCGCAGAAGCUCCAGGCGAACGACUCGUCAGGUGUUGAGCUCAUCGUGACCACACUUGGCGGUUCUUGGGGGCAGACCCAGGUGGAAAAGAGAUACGAGUACUUCGAGCGUGCCAUCUACGGCACAGUCCAGAAAGGAGACGAGACAAACGACUCCUACCUUGUGUGUUAUGAUGUGAUCUUCGAUGAGUUGAUUUCUCAAGGCGUGAAGCUGGAAGAAUUCAGAGCCUACAUCCUGCUACGUCAGUCGGGCCUGACAGCAGAGGACCGGAAGAAGAUCGUGAUGGAGCAUGGGGGCAACUUGGAGUACAAAAAGAUCUGCUCAGCGAUUCGCCUGCUUGGCUCGCGAUUUUUCGGCGAACUCCAAGGAGGCAAGACACAAGCCCGGACGAAGACCUACGACGUCAACCUGGCAGACAAUGGGCCCUCAGACGAAGAUGACCCCAACGGUGCAGCGACCACUCCGGCCUACACCGCUUUCUUCGAGGAUGCGGAGAAUGACCUUGACUACGACUACGUGGACGCCCUAGUGUCCCAGGACGAUCCCGAUGCAGUACAAGUCGCCAGCUUCGAAACCGAGCUCGAGGAGUUCUUUCAAGAGACGCCCGAACUCCAGACUGCUCUGAUAUCGUAUCUCGACGCCCGUCAGCGACUUAAGGAAAAGCAGCGGAACCGUGGAUUUUGGGGCCCUGGCUCUCAGCGAGGAAAGGGAGGAAAAGGCAAGCCUUUUGGCAAAGGAGGAGGUAAAGGCAAGAAGGGCCGUUGA